AUGCGGAAGAUAAGUGUCCCAUCAAAGGGUGAACGCCGCAGGGGAAUCCCGGUCGAGGUGUCACGCAACCCAAAAGUCUUCUUUGAUAUAUCAAUCGAUAACAAACCAUCCGGGAGGAUAAAAAUGGAACUGUACGCAGACACGGUGCCGAAGACCGCCGAAAAUUUUCGGGCCCUUUGCACAGGCGAGAAGGGCCGAGGCAAAAGUGGAAAGCCGCUCCACUACAAGGGAUGCGUGUUCCAUCGUGUUAUACCGGGAUUUAUGAUUCAAGGCGGUGACACUACGCGGGGAAAUGGGACGGGCGGAGAGUCUAUUUACGGCAUGAAUUUCCGAGAUGAGAGCUUUUCCGGCAAGGCUGGCAAACACACUGGGAUCGGCUGUCUAUCGAUGGCGAACGCUGGGCCGAACACCAAUGGAUCGCAAUUUUUUAUAUGUACUGCCAAUACGCCGUGGCUGGACGGCAAGCAUGUUGUUUUUGGCCGAGUCACGGAGGGUAUUGAUGUCGUGCGGAGGGUUGAACGGUUGGGCUCCGAGUCUGGGAAGACACGUGGCCGGAUCAUUAUUGCCGACUGCGGUGAGCUUGUGGUGCCAGAACCGAAGGAGCAGCCGACCAAACAAAAGGACGAGGUGAAGAAAGAUACAUUAACCGCCUCAAAUGCCGAAGCCACCGCUAAGAAGCGCCCCCGUGACUCUAAUGAAGAGUCUGAUGAAGUCAAGAAGCGCAUUCAGGAAAAGAAAGCCAAAAUUGCUCAACUUCGUGAGCAGCUGGAGAAAUAA